CGCCUCACAGCCAUGCGGAGCUGAGCUCCGGCCCGGGCCCUGGCCGCCGCAGCCCGCCCCGGCUCCCGCCCUCGCGGACCCGCCCGGCCCUUGGCCUCGGCGCCUUAGUCGCCCCGGGCCGGCCGAGCCCCCCGCGCAGGGCCCGGGCCGCGGCUACGGCGGCGGCGGCGGCGGCGGUGGCGGCGACGCGCCCGCCCGGCCCCCUCCCCCGGCGCCGGCCAAGUGAGGCGGUGAUGCGGGCGCUGGCGGCCUGGGCUGCGCCGAGAGCGGAGACACAGGCUCAAGAUGGCAGAUUCCCACUGAGGCUGAGGGGGCCGAGCUCGCGCGCCGCGUUCCCUUCUCCGUUGCCAUGAACCGCGGACACCCCGGCCCCGAUGGCCCCCGUGUACGAAGGUAUGGCCUCACAUGUGCAAGUUUUCUCCCCUCACACCCUUCAAUCAAGUGCCUUCUGUAGUGUGAAGAAACUAAAAGUAGAGCCAAGUUCCAACUGGGACAUGACUGGGUACGGUUCCCACAGCAAAGUGUACAGCCAGAGCAAGAACAUACCACCUUCUCAGCCAGCCUCCACAACCGUCAGCACCUCCUUGCCAAUCCCCAACCCAAGCCUACCUUACGAACAGACCAUCAUCUUCCCAGGAAGUACUGGACACAUAGUUGUAACAUCAGCAAGUAGCACUUCUGUCACCGGGCAAGUCCUCGGUGGACCACAUAACCUAAUGCGUCGAAGCACUGUGAGCCUCCUUGACACCUACCAAAAAUGUGGACUCAAACGCAAGAGUGAGGAGAUUGAGAACACAAGCAGCGUGCAGAUCAUUGAAGAGCAUCCACCCAUGAUUCAGAAUAAUGCCAGUGGGGCCACUGUAGCCACUGCCACCACAUCCACUGCCACCUCCAAAAACAGUGGCUCCAACAGUGAAGGGGACUAUCAGCUGGUACAGCAUGAAGUGCUGUGCUCCAUGACCAACACCUAUGAGGUUUUAGAGUUCUUGGGGCGAGGGACAUUUGGGCAAGUGGUCAAGUGCUGGAAACGGGGCACCAAUGAAAUUGUGGCCAUUAAGAUCCUAAAGAAUCACCCCUCCUAUGCCCGGCAAGGCCAGAUUGAAGUGAGCAUCUUGGCCCGGCUGAGCACGGAGAGCGCUGAUGACUACAAUUUUGUGCGGGCCUAUGAGUGCUUCCAGCACAAGAACCACACAUGCUUAGUCUUUGAGAUGUUGGAGCAGAACCUCUAUGACUUUCUAAAACAGAACAAGUUUAGUCCCUUGCCCCUCAAGUAUAUUCGCCCAGUCCUCCAGCAGGUAGCCACAGCCCUGAUGAAACUCAAAAGCUUGGGUCUUAUCCAUGCUGACCUCAAACCAGAAAACAUCAUGCUGGUGGAUCCAUCCAGACAACCGUACCGAGUGAAGGUCAUUGACUUUGGUUCAGCUAGUCAUGUGUCCAAAGCUGUCUGCUCUACGUACUUGCAAUCUAGAUACUACAGGGCCCCUGAGAUCAUCCUUGGUUUGCCAUUCUGUGAGGCAAUUGACAUGUGGUCCCUGGGUUGUGUCAUUGCUGAGCUGUUCCUGGGCUGGCCAUUAUACCCAGGUGCUUCUGAGUAUGAUCAGAUUCGGUAUAUUUCACAAACACAGGGUUUACCAGCUGAAUAUUUAUUAAGUGCAGGGACAAAGACAACUAGGUUUUUCAACCGUGACACAGACUCACCGUAUCCUUUGUGGAGGCUAAAGACACCAGAUGACCAUGAAGCAGAGACGGGGAUUAAGUCAAAAGAAGCAAGAAAGUACAUUUUUAACUGUUUGGAUGAUAUGGCCCAGGUGAACAUGACAACAGAUUUGGAAGGGAGUGACAUGUUAGUAGAGAAGGCAGACCGACGGGAGUUCAUUGACCUGUUAAAGAAGAUGCUGACCAUAGAUGCUGAUAAGAGGAUCACUCCCAUUGAAACCCUGAACCACCCCUUUGUCAGCAUGACACACCUGCUCGAUUUUCCCCAUAGUACUCAUGUCAAGUCUUGUUUCCAGAACAUGGAGAUUUGCAAGCGCCGGGUGAAUAUGUAUGACACAGUGAACCAGAGCAAAACACCUUUCAUCACACACGUGGCCCCCAGCACAUCUACCAACUUGACCAUGACCUUUAACAACCAGCUGACCACUGUCCACAACCAGGCUCCCACCUCCUCCAGUGCCACUCUUUCCUUAGCCAAUCCCGAAGUCUCCAUACUAAACUACCAAUCUACACUCUACCAGCCCUCAGCGGCAUCCAUGGCCGCGGUGGCCCAGCGGAGCAUGCCCCUGCAGACGGGAACAGCCCAAAUUUGUGCCCGACCUGACCCCUUCCAGCAAGCUCUCAUCGUGUGUCCCCCUGGCUUCCAAGGCCUGCAGGCCUCUCCCUCCAAGCAUGCUGGCUACUCAGUGCGGAUGGAAAAUGCUGUUCCCAUCGUCACUCAGGCUCCAGGAGCUCAGCCUCUUCAGAUCCAGCCAGGUCUGCUUGCUCAGCAGGCCUGGCCAGGUGGGGCCCAGCAGAUCCUACUUCCUCCAGCGUGGCAGCAGCUGACUGGUGUGGCCACCCACACAUCUGUACAGCAUGCAGCUGUGAUCCCUGAGACCAUGGCAGGCACUCAGCAACUGGCUGACUGGAGGAACACGCAUGCUCAUGGAAGUCAUUACAAUCCCAUCAUGCAGCAGCCUGCACUCUUGACUGGUCAUGUGACCCUUCCAGCUGCCCAGCCCUUGAAUGUGGGUGUAGCCCACGUAAUGAGGCAACAACCAACCAGCACCACCUCCUCCAGGAAGAGUAAGCAGCACCAGUCAUCUGUGAGAAAUGUCUCCACCUGUGAGGUGACCUCUUCACAGGCUAUCAGCUCUCCUCAGCGAUCCAAGCGUGUCAAGGAGAACACUCCCCCACGGUGUGCCAUGGUACACAGCAGCCCAGCUUGCAGCACCUCAGUCACCUGUGGGUGGGGUGAUGUGGCCUCCAGCACCACCCGGGAGCGACAGCGGCAGACGAUUGUCAUCCCCGACACCCCGAGCCCCACAGUCAGUGUCAUCACCAUCAGCAGUGACACAGAUGAAGAGGAAGAACAGAAGCACGCCCCCACCAGCACAGUCUCCAAGCAAAGAAAGAAUGUCAUCAGCUGUGUCACAGUCCACGACUCCCCCUACUCUGACUCCUCCAGCAACACCAGCCCCUACUCGGUGCAACAGCGCACAGGGCACAAUGGCACCAGCACCUUGGACACCAAGGGGGGCCUAGAGAACCACUGCACGGGCAACCCCCGCACCAUCAUCGUACCCCCACUGAAGACCCAGGCCAGUGAAGUGUUGGUAGAAUGUGACAGCCUAGGGCCAGCGAUCAAUACCAGUCACCAUUCGUCCUCCUUCAAGUCCAAGUCCUCCAGCACCGUGACCUCCACCAGUGGACACUCUUCAGGGAGCUCAUCAGGAGCCAUCGCCUACCGUCAACAGCGGCCAGGCCCCCACUUCCAGCAGCAGCAGCCCCUCAAUCUCAGCCAGGCUCAGCAGCACAUGGCUACAGACCGCACUGGGAGUCACCGUCGACAGCAGGCCUACAUCACUCCUACCAUGGCGCAAGCUCCAUACACCUUCCCGCACAACAGCCCCAGCCAUGGCACUGUUCACCCCCACCUGGCUGCGGCUGCCCACCUCCCCACCCAGCCUCACCUCUACACCUAUACAGCGCCCACAGCCCUAGGCUCCACCGGCACUGUAGCCCACCUGGUGGCAUCCCAAGGCUCAGCACGCCACACUGUGCAGCACACUGCCUAUCCGGCCAGCAUCGUCCACCAGGUCCCUGUGAGCAUGGGGCCCCGGGUCCUGCCCUCACCCACCAUCCACCCCAGUCAGUAUCCGGCCCAGUUUGCCCACCAGACCUAUAUCAGCGCCUCGCCAGCCUCCACCGUCUACACUGGAUACCCACUGAGUCCUGCCAAGGUCAACCAAUACCCUUACAUAUAAACACUGGAGGAGGCCCGCCAGGGAGGAGGGUGGAGGAGCUCCCAGACCGACCUGGGGAGCUGGGAUUUUUCUACUGCAGGUGCCGCACACAAACAAUGCAAACGGGGCAGGGAGGGGGGCAGACGGGGCACAAAUGAAACUUGAACUAGGAAGGGGGAGGACUUAGAGCGGAGAAGAGAACAUUUUAAAAGGAGGGGUAAGGAGGGGAAAUCUAUGCUUUUUAUUUUAAAAAAGAAAAAGGAAAAAAAAAGAAAAAUGUUAGUAACAAAAGAGGAAAAAAAGAAAAAAACACAGCUCACAAACCCAUUCUGCACCAAACUGGACAGGAGAAGAGGAGCUGCAGGAGACUCUGGAAGCAAGGGGCCCCAGUUUUUUGAAGAACUUUAUGAACUUUUUAAAGAUUAUUUUCGUAUGGCAGCAAGUGACAUUGAAGAAUUUGCUGUCAGGGACACCUGAUAUGGAAAUCCAAUAGAUUUUUAAUUAAUUGAACAUAAAAAUUAGGGAUUUUCCCAGAACUCUAAAAGGGUCAACAUCCCUUUCAAAUGUCAGGCUAUGGCCUGAAGAGGCUCAUGUUUGGGGGUUGGUCUGGGGUUGGCAAAGCCCAGUUCUGGCUUAUUUGUCGGAAGUAGUGGGGUCAGCCAAACUAAUAGAAGAUCCCCCAGGAAAAGGGCAGGUUUCCUCUUUUGGAGCAUUCUGGAUAAAUCCCUAAGCAAUGUUAUUCCUCAGAUGUCAUUAAUGAUGUAUGUUGCAGUCUUUAAUUUUUUUCUUUUCUGAGAUUUUUUUUUCCUCUUUGAAUCAACCCUGGUCAUGUAGCACAGGGCUAGUGGUUGUCCUAGACACCCUAGAAGAAUGUAGCACUGCGCCCUUGUUUCCUACCUUGUGUUCAACUCCAGUGAUACCAAUAGACUAGUCCUCAAUAGAAUUGCACAAACAAAGUGAUUUAACAUAGGCAUGAAACCAAUGUGGUGGUCCAGGUGAGCAAGUGAGUGUGCGUGCGCGAGCACGUGUGGGUGUGACCGGGACUGCCACCCUCCCUGUGUGUCCCUCGGCACCGCCGGCCGUCACAGCCCUUGCAGUCUUGAUUUUACAUCAUUCCCUCCUAGUGCCUUAACGACUGACAGACAGAGACACGGCAAAGGGUUUACUUCCACUGGUACUCCAAGAAACUGGUCGGGGCUGGUCAGAUGUUCUCAGCUCUUGUGUAAGCUGUGGUAGUAUUUUACUCGGGUCUUUAUGUUUUUCAUUGUUUUAAUGUCAUGUGGAUUGUCUUUCCUGGGCUCUUUGUGAGCAGAAGGAUCUCAGAGAAGCUCACAGAACGAAAAGGGGAGAAUCAUGGAUCUCAAGAGGGACGUGGGCGCCAUGUGGUGAGGCACGCUGGUGACAGCUGGCUCUUCUGGUGAGUUUUACUUUGAAAGCAGAGAUCCAGAGAGACUCCUCACCCUGCCCUAGCUUUGCCAUGGAAGGCACUAGGGAGUCUUAGGAAUGUCACCUUUGCCAGGCAGCUGCCUCAGCCUCCAAGCCCACCACCUCCUUCCUGGAGCCUUAUGGGGAGAGGGCAGGAGACGUUACCUGCCCAGUCCCUCCCUCCGACAAGAAGCCUGGUAGUCUCAGACACACCCACAUCUCUCUCCACCAGCUCAGGAGCUAGGCAGGCUCCUAGUUUUGCCAGCUCUCUCCCCCUUCAGACCCACUGGUAAGUCUGUUAUCACUUCUGUCCUGAAAUUAACCUAGCUCCCCGUAGACAGUUUAAUCUCUGCCUUUGAGAGACAGAUAAUGAGCAGAGGGCUAGAGGGACACUAAUGAGGUAACCAGGGGUCCAUUGUACUGAGAAAACACUGCCGUGGACAACUAAGCCUCCAAGGAAAUCCACCCUGAGCCUCUGUGCACCUUUGUUGCACUCUGCAUAUUUUCUCCAGCUUUGAAGAGCAGAGUGGGUAGGAGUUCUCUGUUCCUACUGAGAAACUCUGAAGCUGUUGAUGUUUGAGACCAGUCAAGUCCAGGACAGUAUGAAUUGUUUGAUCCCAGUGUGAGUCCUAGCUGGCCCCUCAUCCACAUCAUCAGGUACAAAGAGGUCUCUGGUCAGCAGUCCAGCAUCCCAGUCCCCUUCCCUUUUCUCCCUCUUUAAGCCCUGAUCAAUCUACUGUGAAAGGCUCUCCUUCAGUAACGAAGCUUACUUAGCUUUUAGCUGUGAAAAACUCUGGAAACUUCCCUAAUCAUUAAUUCUUAAAAAGUCAAGUCCCUAAACUGGAUGUGUCUCAGUGCACCUUGGGCCAAAAAGAAGAUAUGCUAAACUUGAGCAUGGUCUGACCCACUCCAGCCAAGGACUUAUUAGGAGUGGACUGAAUGAUGCUGGCCUGUGGUAAGGCACUCCAUUUUUCUCAUCCUGGUCAGAACCAUGUUAUUCCAAGACCAGCUCUGGCUGGAAGUGAGACAACAGGAAAGCUAUCCAUUCUGAGAGGGAUAAGGAGCAAGCCUUUGGAGCCCCUGAGCCAGAGGCUGCUAGAGCCCCUCCAGCAUGGAGGGCUGUCACAGAAGUUUCUAGCAGCUAGAUGGCAGCAUUUCCCAUGGGACUGUCUCAUACUAAGUCGUCAUAGUAAACACAGCUGACAGUGGGCCUGGGCUUGCCCUGCCCUGGGGCAGCACCUGGAAUGCCAGCACUCUCUAGAGCUGGUCUUCUAGGGAAGGCCAAGCUUGCCCUUCAUCUCUUCCUGUCUGCUUAUGUUGAAGCUUCUCACUCUUCCACGUCCUUCCCUUUCUCUUCCACAUCAGGAAUGAGUGUUCCUUGCUGCUCAGAAAGUUAGUAUUGUACUGAUUAUUUGUAUUAUUGCCACUGUAAUUAUAAUUAUUAUCACCUUGUUGCUAUUUUAGUCAGGGUUUAAAGUAUACAUUUAUUCCAAGUAUCUUUGUGUUUUCUUCAUAAUAUUUAAAUUUAUUUUAUUCUUGCUGUGUGUAUAUGUGUAGACUGGAGGGACAUAUAGAUUAGAUGUCUGAUCUUGUCAGAGGAAAGUAAAAAAAAAAAGGAAAGGCCCAGGAAUUAGGAAAAAUUGUAUCUAUCAGCUCUGUCCCUUGGAGAGCUGCAAGAAAGACCUACCAUAAAGCAGAGAUUUGGGUAAACUGGGGCCUUCCUCUCUGCACGGCCCAGCUGUGGUACAAAGCCGCUGUCAGUGCAGCCUCUUUUCGACCCUUUGGCAGCUUCUCUCGCAUUCUGUGCUCUCCUCCAGGUGUGAACUACUGACCAUAUUUUAACCUGCCUCGCAUCUGACAUUUAGCAUAAAAAGACCCCUCUCUCAGAGCUUCCACAGACCCUGCCCAUCCCUUCACUGUUUCCAUUGAUGUACUUGGAGUGUGGCUUAUCUCCCUCAAUGCAGAGACAGUGGUCCCACCUGGAGACCAUUAGGUACAAUGCAUAGUGCCCCUGUGAGAUAGUUCCCUUGUCUGCUCUUCCCCAGGCUAUCCUCCCAGAUCCCAAUUCUAGGGAGCCAAGUAAAGGAACAGGACACAAGACAGUCUCACGGAAAGGACGCCUUCUAAAUCACUGGCAAGUGGAGGGCACAUGGGACUUUUUAGGCCACCCCGCUUCCGAGCUGUGGCUGUGCCCUGCACUGUGAUGGGUGUGUAUACACCCCACUGCCACUCAGAAACAACCAGGCCCCCAGUGAAGAUCAAAGGAUUGAAGCAAUAGCCUCCCCAAACAGAAGACAACCUCUCUGCAAACCUCAUCCCACAACCUCCCCUCCUUGAUCUCAAGUCCCAUAUUCAGAGCUGAUGCAUCAGGAGUAACUCAGAAUCCCAGCUAGUUAGCAUCCUCACCUAGGUUCCCACUGAGGUGCUCAGCACUGCAUCCCUUUACAAAGAAGAUGGAAGGAAGGCUGCUAUCCUUGGGACUGUACCCAGUGGAAGGAGGGCCACUUAGGCCUUACUAGACCAUGUGUGCCUGGUGUAUCCUCUGGGCCUUCUUUAAUGAAGAUAAACUGCUCAGCAUGAGGAAGAUGAAGUCAGCUCAAGGAAAUAGGUCUGUAGUACCUUGUGACCCUCAGGUCAGCAGACUGCUGCUGCUCGCUGGGUUCUUACUGGGCCCUGGCACCCAUGGCUCUCUGUUAGUGCGUCAGGGUGAUGUUUUAGGAAAGUGGAUGAGCAGGCCAGUAGGCAAGGCUUGUGUUAGUGCCAGUUAGCCCUGUGAAAUGGAUAUGUUUGAUGUGAUUCAGAGGAAAAGGGGGUGGGGUGACCCAGUGUCCCUGGCUGUAUUGAGUUUCUCCCCUUCCUGGUGACAAAGUUGUUUGCAGCUAUAAAAGCCAGCCUGGCUUUGUUCCCUUUGUCUAAGAACUGGAACUGACCAACCAGUGUGGAGCAGGUCAGGAAGGGAGGUUAAUACAGCAGACAGCCUCCCUGGACUGGGUCUCAGGUGUUGCAAACACUCAUUUUGAACAGUGUGUGGUGGAGGAGUGGGUUGGGUGGUCGUGAGUGGAGUUUACAUUCUGGGAAACCAGAGUGAGGUGCCUAGGAGGCUUAGGGAAGUAUUGCUGGUGGUUCCUGAUGAUGAUGAUGAUGCCUGGGUCCCCACCUGCCCCCCCAGGUUCUCAACAUCUGGCUAAGGGGGGUGGGUAGGAUGUGGGCAUGGCUCUUGCUGGCCUGCCAAGUAGCUGCUAGGACACUAGGAAAAAAAAGAGAAAGAAGAUUGCUCUGUGCCCUCAGCUAGCAGACAGAAUUCCAUGAGGCAAGCUCUCCUUUCAUGGCCCAGCCUGAGACUGCGAGCAUACACGCACACACGCACACACACACACACACACACACCACCACCACCACACACCACCACCACCACCACCACCAGCUAUUGUACCACAGCACACUCCGGCCCAGGGUCUCACGGGCUUUGCUCCUCGCUCAUGUUUUUCUCUCUUAUUUGCUUUACAAAUUUCCAGUGGAGAAGCCUAAAGAUUAAGCAAGCCCGAGAUGUCCUUACCAAAUUGAAAAGGAAAGUAAAACUGUCCCUUUCUAUCGCCAAAGAGCCCCCUCAAAGACAUCUCUAGAGAUGGAUGGAUACAUUCCCUGUCCCUUUCUGGGCAAUGACGACUUCCAUUUACCUUUCCUUUCUAUCCUGCCUUUUUUUAUUUUAUUUUAUUGCAUUUAUUUCAAAACCACUCAUCUUUAAAGAGGAAUGGAGUAGUGGCCCUAAAUGCUUCUACUUCAGGGAACUGAUAUCUCGCUCAUUUGGGAUUAAUUGAUCUAUUGCUACUGUGGGAAGCUAGAAAACAAGCGAGCAACCUUCUCUGAUGACCCCACACUGUAUCCCAGGCUUAGGAUGUGUAGGACUGGCUGGCGAUGGCAGUAUUGGCCCUCUUGCCUAGUCUCCACAGACAGACUCAGACAAGUCCAUCAAGACACUAGAGAACCAAAGAUGGCAAAAUAAGGCUUAAUUGCAAAAGGAACCUCAUGAACUUUGGCACUUAGCUCAUGUAGUAACCACCCGAGGAAAGGUUUCCCAGGUCUUUGUGGUAGCUCAUGAGAAGUAGCUCUGACCAAUCUCUUCCCUUCUGACUCAGAGCUACCAGAAAAGAGAUCCUGGGGGUUCCCUGUCACAGAACCUACAUGCUUCCUGUCUUUUAAGCUGGAACCCCUCCCGGCCCCCAUCCUUUCAGGGUCCCUCCUCACAGACCCAUCCAGGAGAACAUUAUACUGAUUGUCUCUUGCUUCGCAAUAGCAGUAUCCCUCAUGUAAGGACUCACUGACAUUUGUUGAGUAUUCACAGUAUGCCAAGCCCUUUCCCUGUUUUCUCAGACACCCAUCCCUGGGAAGAAGUCAACACCCCCUAUGUGACAUAGAAAGCUGGCCCUCUGAGGGAGUGGUGUGUGUGAAAGGGAAAUGUGCUGCAUCUCAGAGCCCCCAAGUUCCUAAUCCUCAUUUUGUUAAUCAGGAUUUUACUGGUGUGAAGUUUUGUUUCCCUGUUUAACUAACUGCGGUGCGCAGCCUCCUGUCUCUAAUGAGCCAUUCAGUGAUGCUCCCAUUCCCUGUGUGCCAAACACUGUGCUAAGAAUUGCUGAUGAGCCCUAGGACACCAGCUGUGCAGUACCUGUACAGAGGAGGCACCUGGCUUACAGUCCCUGGAACCUGCUCAAGCCACCUCGCUAAUAAGAA